AUGGCAGCCUGCAUCCAAUCCCUCUACUCCACUUGCUCAGUCUCAGCACCCACAAAAACCCACUUGGGAUUUCACCAGAAACAGAUAGUUUUCUACAGAACAAGCAAGCAAAACAGCAGGAGAGAGAGUACAAGCACCACCAUAACAUGCUCAGCUCAGGAAAAGACAGUGGUGAUAGGUUUGGCAGCUGACUCAGGUUGUGGGAAGAGCACCUUCAUGAGGAGGAUGACAAAUGUGUUUGGAGGGGCUGCUGAGCCACCAAAGGGUGGGAAUCCAGACUCCAACACACUCCUCAGUGACAUGACCACUGUGAUUUGUUUGGAUGAUUAUCACUCACUUGAUAGGACUGGUAGGAAAGAGAAGGGGGUCACUGCACUGGACCCUAGAGCCAAUGACUUUGAUCUCAUGUAUGAGCAAGUUAAGGCUAUCAAGGAUGGUGUUGCUGUUGAUAAGCCUAUUUAUAAUCAUGUCACUGGUCUUCUUGACCCUCCUGAGCUCAUCAAGCCUCCUAAGAUCCUUGUCAUUGAAGGGUUGCACCCAAUGUGA